AUGAAUUGCACUGUUGGUGGUCUAUCCUUGAGAAAUCUUCUCAAUUUUGUAUGCUACAACUUGACGGUGGAUAGACUGGCACAAACUUCUUCUUUUGAUGACGACUCUGGUUUAAUAAAUUUGAUCAAAAGAGCCUUUAAAAGUGAGUUUUUCAUUACCUUGAAGCCUUCAACAUUACAAUCCUCGAAUGACACCGGAAAUCAAACUGAGACUGAAAAUGUAGAAACAAUAUAUGUAUGCCUUUUAAACCAACUAUUAUUUGGCAAUUCUAUCUCACACUCUGGUGAAACAAUCAUAAAUACACACACUCGAGAAACGGGAAUUGCUUUUGAUUUGGCUGAUAUAUGUUUGCAGGUCCACGACUCGACAUUGGCCCCAGUAUCAACCCAUACAAUAGAUAGUUCUUCUAAAAGCUCGAGGAAAAAGUCUGCAAAGAGAAAAAAAGCUAAAAAUAAGACAAAAGAUUCAAACAAGCAUCUCGAUCCAGUUUCUGAUGAUUGUUGGGAUUUUAAUAUGCUUUCCAAUAUCCUACCUUACGAUAAUUCAAAUACAUUGCCCGAUAAUGAAUGUUAUACACAAAAUAGGUCUCUGGAUAGCAAUGGAACUCAUAGAAAUUGCUAUUCUUUAUUAGUAAAGUCAAAUAAAAACUCAAGGCUACCUUUACUAACCAUAUUGUCUUUCUCGUUGCCUUUGCACCUGGAUUCUUCUGCAAAUAUAAAUGUUAUUAGAAAUGAGAUAAGCUUCUUUGAUUUUUCAACUGGUCAAUCUAGACAAAAUAGACUGGAAUUUCUUUCAUUGAAAUACCCAAACUUGCUGAUGACUAUAACCCCAAUUGAGUAUACUGAUCUUUCCAAUAACAACCAUUAUGUAAAGAUAUUCAAGAAAAUUUUGGGCAAAAGUAAUAGUGUGACUAAUUUAAAAGAAAUAGCUAUUAAAUUCAAAGUAUGUUUUGAAUUGAGUUACGAAAUUUCAGUAUCUCAAGAUUUAUCUUUAUUAACUGUGCCAUUUCCCGAGGAUUAUAUAAGGGCAAUGAAAAAUCUUCUUUUUUCAUCCGAAUGUGCAACUAAUUGCUCCGGUAAUCAUUCAAUAAAUCAGUUAGUUUUGGCUGAAACUUAUCAUCAAAAAGGUUACUAUGCUUUCUUAGAAAAUCAAUCUCCGAUCUUGGACUUUUACUUUUCAAGUAACUAUGAGACAUAUCUAGACGUUUUAAAGUCUAACUCUUAUUUUUUUAAAACCUAUGACAAAAAUCAUGUUGACGAUUAUAUUGAACAUUUGACACCAACUCCUCAAAAUUUUUAUAGAAUAGUGAUGCAUUCAACUUCAAAAGUGAACCUUCCAAGUUUUUUGAUAGAAAAAAGAGGACUUCUGUUUUUGAACAAUCUGAAAAAGGACCCUUUGAAUAACAAUGUUGAUAAAGAAACUCACAUAUUGCGUGUAGCUAAUUUGAAAACAAAUUUGUUUAAUUACCAAAAGAAAACUUUUUUGUGGUGUUUAAAUAAAGAAAAUGUCUCUUAUGAUUUUAAUUCGAAUCGGGUAGUGCAAACCUUAUUUUUUGACAUUAACAAAUUUGAAUCCGACUAUAAAGGAAUCAUUUAUUAUAACUACGACUACCUUUCUGAAGUUUUGGAUAAAAUUUGCUUUGGAUGGUCUAGGUUUCAAAUAUGUUCAGAUAAUAGCCGAUUACUAAAUGAAUUCGAAUCUGCUCACUUUUCAAUUAGACCCAACUUUGCAAGCUGUCAGGAUUCGAUAUUUGAUAUUAUUCCCCCGGAAAAUUAUUACUGGUUCAACAAAUACACAGGAAAUGUGUAUAAUUCACUAAUUUUAAUUGAUUAUUUAAGAAAUUAUGGGUUUUCUAUCAGCCACAGCUCUCAAAAAGGCUCAAAAUCUCAAAAUAAUGAACCCACUGUUUAUAUGGAUGAUAAUUAUAAAUACUCAAAUGCUAGCUUAUUUGGACAAAACUUGUUAUGCGAGGAAAUGGGUUUGGGUAAAACUAUCGAGUUGAUAUCAUUAAUCUGUCUUAAUAAGAGAUGCGAUUUGGUUGAUGAAAGUAAAUCUAGCCGUUCCAAAUCGUUUUUGAGAAAUACCAAUUACUUCAACGGUUUCUCAAGGCAAGUUGAUAAUAGCUUUAGAGAAUCAUUGAACGAUGUGUAUGAUUCAGUAUUAAAUAGAAAUGUGCUUAAAUCGAAAACAACAUUAAUUAUUUGUCCUGAAUCAAUUCUUGAACAAUGGGUCGAAGAAAUCAAGCAUUAUGCACCAGCAUUGACUGUUCUUCAAUAUAAGGGUCUUAAACAGUUUUACAAGAGUAUGGAACACCAGGAAAAACAACAAAACAGUUAUAAAAAAUACAAUUCAAAAUACUUGAUCAAAUUCAGCGGUUUUACACAUUUUCCGAAUAAAAAGUUUGUUCUUACGUUUAGCUACAACUUAAAUAAAGCUAAUAGUAAGAAUUUGUCUUCAAACGAGAAUUUCGACUUUCAUUCUAAUAAUAAUGAAUCAAAUGAUAAAAUUCAAUCGUUAAAAAGCAUAUUAAAGCUGAUUCAAAAUAAAUGUUCAACACAGUCUAAUCGAUCUCUAGCUGCUGGUUUCAAUAAUUUGAAAACAUCAGUUAAUAAUUCUUGCCAUCUAAAUAACAGUGAAGAUCUGGACAUCAAUUCCUAA